GCUCAUCACCACCAGACAAAAAUGUCUGCGAGGGUCAAAUCAUCCAGAAUAUCAAAGCCUGGAACGUCCAAACUCAGAACUUCGUUGAAAAAAUCUAAUGCAGCAGGAUAUGCUAAACGGCAUUCACAAAAGUCAUCGGGCAAGGCAGCUGUAGCAUUCGACGACGUUUACGAAUAUGCACCUUCAAAAGUCAGGCGAGCAAAGAUCGGCUUAGAACUUGACCGAGAAGAGGCCACUGACCGCCAUAACUAUGCAUCGGACGAUGGUGUCGAUCUUGGAGGCAUGGGUCAGGAGGGGAGAGAAGGUCUACGAGCCAGAUUACUAGGAGAAAAUGCAGAUGAUGAGCGAGUAGACAGUGGGGACGAUGAGGAAAUUGACAGUGACGAUGCGUUUGAGGAGAGCGACGAAGAAAAAUAUGCUGGGUUUGAUUUCUCUAGUAAGCGCAGUAAAACUGCUGGCAUUUCAUCGAAGAAGAAUGCUAGGAAACUACCUCAAAGCCUUCCCGAGGUUGAUUUGAAUGAAGAUUCAGAUGACGCCGUCUCUGAUGCAGUUUCUGCGGACAUACUCGACGAAGAUGAAGACGAAGAGAUGGAAGAUGGAGAUGCCGAUACUUUCUUCGACGUCCUGGAAGUUUUUGAUGGAAAAGCAGACGCCGAGGACGACGCACCGGCAAAACAGGCUGCGGAGAAGACGAAAGCUCCCGUAUCAGAUGUAUCCGAUGAGGCCAGCGAGUUGGAGGAUGAUAAGAUGUCGGAAGAUGAGCAGGAUGAUCAGGACGAGGAAGAAGACGCCAUCUCAGCAUCAGAGGAUGAAGCUUCCCCUGAAGCUCUCGCAGAACUGGAAAGCUUCCUUUCAAAACUGGAUCCGGCAGAAGACAAAAAACGCAAAUCAAAUGAUAUCUCAGCCACACAAUCCGUUCUGAAAAAACGUCGCUUGAUGCAGGAGCGCACUGAGGCUGGGGCGGAGGGAGAGUUUGGCGUUUCUGCUGGUGGCUCUAGAGCACUUAAACUAGAUGACCUCCUUGCUCCGCUUGCUUCUUCAAGCGCUCUCACUGCGCUCAAAAAGUCUACGAAGGCUCUCACUUCCACCUCAAGCAAAACCAAAACCCUAUCGGCACCGCUUCCUCAGCGAGCUCAAGAACGUCUUGAUCGCGAAGCCGCGUAUGAGCAAACCAAAGAAGAAGUGGACAAGUGGAGUGCUACGAUGAAGCAUAUCAAGCAGGCAGAGCAUUUGAGCUUUCCGUUGCAAGCACAGCCAGAAGGUCGUGUCUCCAACUUGGAACUCGCAGCAAAAUUCAAGCCUUCGAAUGAACUCGAGUCGGCUGUGGACAACCUCCUAAAAUCCGCUCAACUCCGUGAUCAGGAUAUCGCUGGAACCGAAGCUCUGAAGAUGGCCCAUUUAUCAGUCGAAGAGGUCGCGGCGAGACGCGCAGAACUGCGCAUGAUGCGUGAACUUGCAUUCCGUGCUGACAGGAAGGCGAAGCGAAUAGCCAAAAUCAAGAGCAAAGCGUAUCGACGCAUUCGAAAGAAACAGAGGGAGCGGCUGGGUGGUGAAGAGGGAGAUGAGGAUGAGGACGUUGAGGAUGCAGGAGCGCGGCUGAAGGCUGAGGUGGAGAGAGCAAGGGAAAGAGCAACUUUAAGACAUAAGACCACUGGGAAGUGGGCCAAAGCCAUGCAGGGACGCGAAGGGCUUGAUGUGGAUCAGCGGCAGGCCAUCGGAGAGAUGUUGGAGCGUGGAGAAAAGCUUCGCCGUCGCAUACAGGGCGAGAUGAGUGGCGACGAGUCCGAGGACAGCGAAAGCGAUGACGAAGAACAAGACGUGGAAACCAUCAAGCGAGGUGCAUUUGAAGAGCUUGCUAUGCUCAAUGCCUCCGAAGACGCUACGUCUGCAGACGUCAAAAGCAAGAGUGUCUUCAACAUGAAGUUCAUGCGCGAUGCCGCGGCAAGGCAAAUACUUGAAGCAGACGCAGCAGCGGAUGACUUUUUGAAAGAGAUGGGUGGGGUGGAGCAAGGAAGUGAUGACGACGCUUCCGGUGACGGAACAGUGACAGAGGGCCCGUUAGUCCAGCGCGUGGGCGGGCGCGUGACGUAUCAUCCUGGUACGAGUGCUCAUGCAAAACCAGCCGGCUCGCACGCAUCGGAGACUUCUAGCGUUACCCUUCAAUCCGCCGACCUGGUGCAAGACGAUCGCAACAGUUCGAACGCAAUUUCUAGUCCAAGAGUCUCUACCCCUGUGCAGGAAAUCAAUCCUUGGCUCGUCGCAUCAUCAUCUUCGGGCCCAUCCCGCAAGAGAAGCGAAGUCCUUGUGCAAAAAGGCUCUGACGCCCUCGCGAAGUCCACCAACAAGCUCAAGAAACGAACUGCCAAAGGAGGGGAAGAGCAAGAACGUAUUCGGGAUGACGCGGUGCUGGAGAUCGAUACUAGCAAUGUUCUGACUGAGCCAACAUCUGCGCCGGCUAUCGUAAAUACCAAGCGUGCGCCCAAAGGAAAAGGAAAGGAGAAACCGAAGAACGGCGGUGUCAUUGCGCAGCUAUCACCUGAUGAUGCUGAUGAGUCUGAUGGACAUAGCGAAGUGGACGAACAGGAGCGUACUCUGGAGAGGAGACGCCAGGGGGGCAAAGGCAAAGGUGUAACAGCAUUCAAGCAACGAGAAUUAGUCUCCCUUGCUUUUGCUGGUGAUAAUGUCGUCCAGACAUUUGAGGACCUGAAACAGGUAGAAAUCGAAGCAGACGCGCCACGAGAAGUUGAUACAACUCUCCCUGGUUGGGGCUCUUGGGGAGGUACUGGUACCAAGAAACUUCCACCAAGACCCAAUCUGAUCAAAAAAAUCGCUGGCGUCGAUCCUUCAUCUCGAGCCGAUUACAAAAAAGCGCAUGUCAUCAUCUCUGAGAGGCGGGACAAAAAAGCGGCCAAGUACCUUGUCAAGGAAUUGCCGUACCCAUAUACCAGUCAUGCUCAGUACGCCCGCAGCAUGGACAUACCUAUAGGUGCAGAGUGGAAUACUAGAGUGGGGUUCCAGAGGGGAACUCUACCUCGUGUUGUCAAGAAGAUGGGUACUAUCAUCGAACCCCUAGUAAAACCAUCUUGAUGGCGAUGUGCCGUUCAUCGUUGCAUACAGUUUCUCAGUUAGCAAAGAAACCAUAGUCAACUCCUACAUGUAAUGAACUGUGAAAUAGGUAGCACGCAGCAUUAGAAUACCCUGCCAAAAUGUCACGUGACUGGAUCGGGC